AUGGAGCGAUUCUUGCGACUCGGAGGCCUCGGCGGCAAUUUGAGCCAAUUUGGCGCAGCGCCACAAGACUCGAAUCAAGUCGACACGUCUGAAACUGUCUACAUUUCCUCGUUGGCCCUUCUGAAAAUGCUCAAACACGGAAGAGCCGGUGUUCCGAUGGAGGUGAUGGGUCUGAUGUUGGGAGAGUUCGUCGACGACUACACUGUCAACGUCAUCGAUGUCUUCGCAAUGCCACAGUCGGGAACUGGAGUCUCCGUGGAAGCCGUAGACCCAGUGUUCCAAGCAAAGAUGCUCGACAUGCUCAAGCAAACAGGCCGCCCGGAAAUGGUCGUCGGAUGGUAUCACUCGCAUCCAGGAUUCGGUUGCUGGCUGUCAGGCGUCGAUAUCAACACUCAACAGUCGUUCGAAGCCCUGUCCGACCGUGCAGUUGCCGUUGUCGUUGAUCCGAUUCAAUCGGUGAAGGGAAAGGUGGUGAUCGACGCGUUCCGAACGAUCAAUCCACAAUCGAUGGCGUUGAAUCAGGAGCCACGUCAGACGACGAGUAAUUUGGGACACUUGCAAAAGCCGAGCAUUCAGGCUCUAAUCCAUGGUCUGAACCGUCACUACUACUCGAUCCCCAUCGCCUACCGUACCCACGACCUCGAGCAGAAGAUGCUGCUCAACCUGAACAAACUCUCGUGGAUGGACGCGGUCAGCGUGGAGAACUACACGAAAUGCGGCGAGAAGAACAAGGACCACCUCAAAGCGAUGCUAAAACUGGCCAAAAACUACAAGAAGGCGUUGGAGGACGAAAAAAACAUGACGGACCAGGAGCUGGCGAUCAAGAACGUUGGAAAAAUCGAUCCGAAACGUCACAUCGCCGACGAGGUCAGCAAAAUGCUCAAUGAUAAUAUUGUGCAGAGUUUGGCUGGAAUGAUGGCGACCACCUCGUUGCAAUAA